GUUCCAAUUCACUUUCUCUCUUCCAAGUUCCAGAGCUCCUUACUUUCUAGUAAGAGAGAGAGAGAGAGAGAGAGAGAGUCCGUAGAGCUCAGCUUCCUUAAUCUUCUCCUAGCCGAUUGCAAAACCCUAAUCAUCCGAUCAGAUUUGAGCUUUCUGGUUAGGAGGCCCGAAAAGCAAACAAUUUUCAUGUCUGAGCUCGACGUCCAGAUUCCUACUGCCUUCGAUCCCUUUGCUGAGGCAAAUGCUGAGGACUCAGGUGCUGGGACAAAAGAGUAUGUGCACAUCCGUGUACAGCAAAGGAACGGCAGAAAAAGCCUGACAACUGUGCAGGGACUAAAGAAGGAUUUUAGCUACAACAAGAUACUCAAGGACCUCAAGAAGGAGUUUUGCUGCAAUGGUACUGUCGUCCAGGACCCUGAACUAGGGCAGGUCAUUCAACUUCAAGGUGAUCAGAGAAAGAAUGUUUCUUCCUUCCUAGUCCAGGCUGGCAUCGUGAAGAAAGACAACAUCAAAAUUCAUGGUUUCUGAGGUCUGGUCCAGCUACUAAAGUAUCCGAAUAUUGCAUCUCCUCGUACUGUUGGUGCAGGGCGUAUUAUGUGACUAGUUAUCUGAACAGUAUAUCAUCUAUAAGUCUGCUAUGUGUAUUGGGUAUGUGCCGUGUUUGAUGUUUCUAAGCAACUUUGUAAUGUGGGAUGACAAUCGGACGUAUGGAAACAACUUGUGUUUGUCUUGAUUUCGCCUGCAAUUUCGAUUCCAAUAAAGAUGUUAUACAUGUUUCUCUAGCACGGUCUUUUUCUGAUAGUUUAUGUUAUUAUAUUUAUUAUUUUCCUUAU